AUGCGCGGUUUAGUCAAAAAGGCUCUCAUGGACGCAGGAAAUAAGGAGUCCUUGUGCCUUUGGAAGCUAGGCCUAGAGCAGAGCCAAGGGAUCUUCCCUUUCCGUCUGUUGGUAACUCACAGAGGCACUUCCAAAGACAGCUAUGUACUUGCAGAGUGCCUCACCUAUGUGCAGAUGAAGGAGGGAGUGGAUCAAGACGCCCUGCACCUCCAGGAAGGAAACCCACGGCCAGGCGCAGGUAGGGAACACGGCUGUCAAGCAGAAGGAGAGCAAGUCAACCAUGAUAAUCACAGAAUUCCGAGUCGUCCUGCCCUUUCAGUGGAGGAGUACCAAGUGGGCCAGCUGUAUGCAGUAGCAGAGGCCAGUAAGAAUGAGACGGGGGGAGGAGAAGGAGUGGAGGUACUUGUGAAUGAGCCUUAUGAGAAGGAUGGAGAGAAGGGACAGUAUACUCACAAGAUAUAUCAUCUACAGAGUAAAGUGCCAAAAGCGAUCAGUUUAAUUGCGCCCAAAGGUGCUCUCGAAGUUCAUGAAAAGGCCUGGAAUGCAUACCCUUACUGUCGGACCGUUCUUACUAAUGAGUACAUGAAGGAUAGCUUUCAGAUCAAAAUUGAAACGUGGCACAAACCUGAUAUGGGUGAGGAAGACAAUGUUCAUGGACUCGAUGCAGAGACGCUGAAGAACGUUCAUGUUGUCCACAUUGACAUUGCUGACAGAAGUAAAGCAUGUGCAAAGGACUACAAGCCUGAUGAAGAUCCUGCCAUCUUUAAGUCAAAGAAGACGGGUAGAGGGCCUCUGAAAUCUGACUGGAAGAAAGAACUCCCCAACAACCCCAGCUGUCCUCAUAUGUGUGCCUAUAAACUAGUCACAGCCAAAUUCAAAUGGUUUGGACUUCAGAAGAAAAUUGAGAGUGUUAUUAUGAAGCAAGAGGAGCGCUUGUUCACCAACUUCCACAGACAGCUGUUCUGUUGGCUCGACCAGUGGGUGGAUCUGUCGAUGGACGACAUUCGCCGAAUGGAGGAAGAGACAAAGUUGAAGUUGGAUGAGAUAAGGGCGCAAGGCCCAGUUCAAGGCACAGAUGCAAGUGAAGACUGACACUGACCAGCUUGUUGGAUGAGUUGCACACAGCUGACAAACCCCCCGAUCACACUUCCAUGAAAAUCCAUUUGGGGCAUCUGGAUAGACGUAGGGGAUACCAUAUUUACGCCCCGGCUACAUUGGCUCUUAACAGCUCUUGACUGAAAGCCUAUGCUGCAGUGGUGUGAGUGUGUGCGCGCAUGUGUGUGUGUGUGUGUGUGUGUGUGUGUGUGUGUGUGUGUGUGUGUGUGUGUGUGUGUGUGUGUGUGUGUCCAGCCAGCUGAAAAUAGCUUUAUUACAAGAAGAAAAAAAACAAUUGUUUGUUUAGGGAUCAGUUUUGAAGUUGACUGUGUUCACAACAAUUUAGUCUGCUCAAAUCUGAUCAGAGGUUUAAGGUUUAGGGAUUAACGCAGACAUAUUCUGAUGGGUUGGCUGUGGUGUCUGCUGCAGGGCAUACAUAGAACAAGCCAUUCCAUUUGAAUCUCUACUUCUUUUUUUGGGGGGGGGGGUCUUUGAGUUCGAUUGCAUGUGUUUACAGAUGUUAACCAACUGAAAUAAGGUAGAUUUGCUGACAGUCUCAAAACUCAACACAGCCAUUGUCAGAAAAUGACGUUUAAAGGCCAAAAUGGUCUUUGAUUAAAAUGGCCCAUAAUGCUCACUAACAAAUGUGUGUUUUCUCUCAGUGCACUUGUUUUGAUUGAAUUUAUGUCUAGCUGUAAAUGCAUCCUUCACUCCAUGCUUUGUUCAUAUUAAUUUAUCAUAACAUAAUGAAUGGAUUUAAAAGACCACUCUUGAUUUCCAGUGAAGGACGGCACAAUAUUAGGUGAUUUCCCUCUGCAGUGUCUCACUGAAAACCAGAGGCCAUCUUUUUGAUCAGUAUGAACUUUAAUCUUGGUCAUAGCUUGCUGUUUCUCAUCGUAGUCACAGACGAAAAUACCAGCUAAGAAGCAACACCUCUUGGAUUUUGUUACUGUUCAAAAUGGAGACCCACUUAAUUGUAUGUUUUUUUUUUCACUAGCUAAAGUCUAUUUUAUUGGAAUAUACACCGUGUAAUAAGUUAUAUGCAAGACUGUAUAAUAAAUACAUUACAUUCUUCUUCUUUGUUUUUUUCCA